GAUCAAGGUAAUUAAAUGAGCUUUAAAGACCUCAUGAAAACUGUUCGUCAGUUUUCUCUCCAGAGAGCUAACCAUGUUGGUGUCCACGUUUUUGUGGACGCUUUUGCGAGCAGCUUUAUGGAAAGACACUGAAAGAAGAGUUUCAUAUUUUCCUGUUAGGAACAGCUCCUCACAUGAUGGCUUUGGUAUGAAAAAUGCGAGUCUGAAUCCUACCAUACAAAGAGGAAAUACUGACACUAUCAUAUUGAGCAAGUGGAUAAWCGAUUUGAUAAAAUCCGGUCCUCAACAAAACAACAGUACAACAACUCGUCGUCCGAUUGGUCUUCCCGGGAYGGCUGGAAUGUUAUGGCUACGUACAAUUCAAAGUUAUCUUCCUUCCUCGGUGGUGAACACGCUCUAUCUAGCCCCAGUUCUAGACUCUCCACGAAUGGUUCAUGGUUCAGAAAUUCCCAUCAUGCAACUUGGCUUACCAUAUAUGCCACGUCCCCCAACAAGUCACAACAAGCUACUUAGAUCGAAAGAAGUGAAAAUUUCUGUUUCCAAGCGAAAAGACCGGACUUGCAAUGAUUCUCAAAUGUAUCACAGAAAUGAGUACACGAUGUCCUCAGAUACCARCUCAGCGGUUAUCAUCAAGAAGACAGGCGAAGUGCUAAAUCCUGAUGAAUAUUACAUAAAUGAAACCGAGAAAACCAAUGGCAGCCAAGCUAUCUACGUCUGCCGAAAAAGGUUCAACUGCUCAAACCAGUGGCGGUUACUGGACGAAGGAGAAUUUUUUGUCUUUGAAAAUGGGUCCAUCAUGUCCAUUGCUUCAAAGAGGUUGUAUGACAAGUCAGAAUACAUCCGGCAGAAUGGCAGUGUCUUAGUUUGUGACGAUACUUCUCUGGAGUUUACAGAUGGCAUGCUCCUAGACGUCGUUAACUGUUCCGGACAGUGGGGAUUGAUGGAGAGUCAUGAAUUUACGAUCCUAACCAACCAAUCAAUCUAUGUGAAUGCUUCAGAAACCCUCUACGACCCAACACAGUACAUCUGUUCAGGGCGAAAAAAAAUGCUCCAUACCUUACGAUAUAUGGCUGUUGGAUGGCUGUCUGUCAUGGUGUACGUGUCAAUCUGUGUGGCUCUUGACCAAUCACAGACAGUCGCAAUAGGGUAUGGGUCACGUGUAGCCUGCUGGAUUUCCAACUUCAAUGCCAAGUGGAUUAUCUUUGCAACUCCUCUAGGAAUGAUCACCAUCUUCAACAUUGUCUUCUUCUCCUUGACAGUAAAAGCGAUCAGGUCUACCCGUAGCCAAGCCAGAAUGGUCGAGAGCCCCGCCAACAAGCGUGAUUUUGGCGUUUACGUACGUAUAGCGUCCGUAAUGGGCUUCACGUGGGUUUUUGGCUUCGCUGCACCCUUCGGAUGGAUUUUCCUUUGGUACGUGUAUGUGAUCCUGAGUUCUUUGCAAGGGGUUUACAUCGCCAUUGCCUUUGCUCUCAACAAGCGAGCACGAAAUCUCUAUUGUAAGCUGUGCAAGGCAAAGGAAUCAGAAAGCAGCGAUGGAAACAGGAAAGGAGAUAAAGUGAAGUCAAUACCACUAUCUACUAAAGUUGUUUCCAGGAAAGGACAGGUCGAAGUGAUCAUUCUUUAAACCAUUAACCUUAUCUUAUUGAAAUAGUUUGCAAAGGAAAACACUAGAAAUAUAGCAAAAUUUAAGGAGGGAAAUAAAKUUAUGAAGGAUGAAAAAAAGUAAACAAAGUGCACGAUAUAAAUGAUGUAAAAUACCCUUACCUACCCAAAAAAACCACCUGUCACCAAAAAGGUGCUCUAAACGUCAUGUUCACUAUUUUCGUUAUCCAUUGUAUAAUGAUGCGUGUGUGUGCGUAGCAACUCAAGGACCUGUACUGAACAAACAGCAUGAUUGAAUGAUUAAAUAAUUGAAUAACAGAAUGAUUCUGUUAUAUAUUUACAAGAAUAACAUAGCAACUGCAUUUUUUUGACGCGGUGUGUGAGGCAGUUGUAAAUCCCAAGCGUUUCAUCAAGACUUACAGUA